AUGCUCUAUUUGCGAAGUUCACAGAUGCUCCAGAUGUUGGAGAGCUCCUUAAGGAAAUAUCUUCCUGAGUCUUUAAAGGUUUAUGGAACUGUCUUCCACAUGAACCAGGGAAACCCAUUCAAGCUCAAGGCUCUGGUGGACAAGUGGCCUGAUUUUAACACAGUGAUUGUCCGUCCUCAGGAGCAGGAGAUGGCAGAUGACCUUGAUCAUCACACCAACACUUACCAGAUCUAUUCUAAAGAUCCUAAGCACUGUUUGGAAUUCCUUGGCACACCAGAUGUCAUCAACUGGAAACAGCAUCUGCAGAUCCAAAGUUCACAAUCCGGCCUAAAUGAAGCAAUAAUGAACGUAGCAGCUGGUAAGAUGGUCAAGGUCAAGAGAACACAGUGCGUUCUCUACAUGAUGCCCGAGACAGCAAAGAAACUGGUUCCUUUCCUGUUGGAGGAUGCAGAGCACUUAGAUCAUAAAUCUGGCAGACCCCGGGCUAUAGACCAAGAAAUGUUUAAACUCUCAUCACUGGAUGUUAUCCAUGCUCCCUUGGUGGAUAAAUUCUGGCAGUUUGGUGGUAAUGAGAAGAGCCAGAGAUUCAUUGAGCGCUGUAUCCGGAUCUUUCCUAGCUCAUGUCUUCUGGGACCUGAAGGGACUCCUGUGUCCUGGGCUCUGAUGGACCAAACCGGAGAAAUUCGAAUGGCGGGCACAGUGCCAGAUUACCGGGCACAAGGCCUUAUCUCUCACAUUAUUUAUGCUCAGACACUGGUUAUGGAUAAACGUGGCUACCCUGUGUAUAACCAUACAGAACAAGUGAACAAAGUCAUGCAGAAGAUGAGUCAUACUCUGCACCACGUCCCCAUGCCCUGUGACUGGAAUCAGUGGAACUGUGCACCUCUGUGA